CUUUAGAGUCAAAAGUUACUGAAAAGGAAGAACAUUUCUUUUUCUCGGACUUGUCCACUUGCUACCUGUUUACUGCCAACUGGACUCGCCCGGCGCUCCGUCAUAAUUUUUCCCUCCACUGCCCGGGGAAGCUUCAGUUCGACCGCAGCCCGCGAGGAUCCCAGCAGCUUUCCUGGUGGAUUUGUAUCUCAAAUCAUCUCCAUCUCCAUCCUCUUUCUUCUCCCUCUUUUCCUCUCAUCUCCUCUUCUGCCCCCUCUCUCCCCUCUCUCCCCUCUCUCCAACUCUUCCAUACUUCUUCUUUUUGCCAUUCCUCCUAUUCUCUUAACCCGUACGCUUGCACUCCCGUGUCUUCUACCUCCCGCCGUCUGCUCGAUUCCAGCGAGGACCUGUCCGUUCUCCUCGUUGCCAGAAGUGCUCAAGAAGCAUCUCCCUCUUGCCGAUAAGGGACAGAAAAAUCAGCAAAAACGGCUUCCUCAGUGGCUCCGGCUCCGCCUAGAGCUAUAACAGCUCAUAUGGCGGCUUCCGACCACAUUCCUGAGCAGGAAUACGAUUAUGAAGCCCUUCCUUCUAACUAUGGCCUCGGUCGGAAUAUGCUGGCUGGCGCCUUUGCCGGGAUAGCUGAACAUUCGGUUAUGUAUCCGGUGGAUUUGUUGAAGACUCGCAUGCAAAUAAUAGCUCCCUCGGCGGGCGGUCUUUAUACGGGGUUAACUAAUGCUGCCUCGACUAUUUAUCGUGUUGAAGGCUGGAGGACCUUGUGGAAGGGCGUUUCGAGUGUGAUUGUUGGUGCUGGUCCUGCCCAUGCAGUUUAUUUCGCCACGUAUGAACUUGUCAAGGAGCUUGCGGGUGGGAAUGUGGAUGCUGGCCACCACCCGAUCGCUGCUGCUACAAGCGGAGCGGCAGCUACUAUUGCCAGUGACGCGCUAAUGAAUCCGUUUGAUGUGAUCAAGCAACGAAUGCAGGUUCACGGCUCUGUACAUAGGAAUAUCUUUCAUUGCGCCAAGUCCGUUUAUCGCACUGAGGGCCUUCAGGCGUUCUAUGUGUCCUAUCCCACCACCCUCUGUAUGACUGUCCCGUUUACGGCCACCCAGUUCAUGGCAUACGAGUCCAUCUCCAAAGUUAUGAAUCCGAGAGAGGAAUACGACCCUUUCACACACUGUAUCGCUGGUGGUCUGGCUGGCGCCUUUGCUGCCGGCAUUACCACUCCCCUCGAUGUCGUGAAGACGCUCCUCCAGACACGCGGUCUCGCUGAAGACACCGAGAUUCGCUCCGCAAAGGGGCUAUUUAAUGCAGCGGCCAUAAUUAAGCGUCAGUUUGGUUGGUCUGGUUUCCUACGCGGAAUGGGCCCACGGAUCAUCUCCACGAUGCCCAGUACUGCAAUUUGCUGGACAUCCUAUGAAAUGGCGAAGGCGUACUUCAAGCGCCAGGUUAUUGAGAGCUAAGAGGCUAGAUCUUCUGAGAAUCUACAACACACGGCCGCGAUCUACACCACGCCGAGGCACCCCUUCCUUCGAUCCAAGAUAGUACUUUCCAUUGCAAAAUAUGAAUGCCGAAUUCCCGGAAACUAACAACUGGGUGAUUCACGAAAAGAAGACGGCACGAGAUGAGUUGUUCUCUGGCUCCAUUUGCCGGAUGUGUGUGGGAAGGGGAUCCUCCUUUUACAUCUGCGACGUGAGUGCGAAUUCCAGGGGCUCCGACCUUGGCUGUUGUCCGGAGGACCGGGUCAAUUCGAGAUGAAGGGCUGCCCCUUGGACAGCCUCAAAAAUUAUAUUCUUUUCCUCUUAUCACUUGCCUUUUCCGGUUUUGAAGAAAAAUGUACAUUUGUAAAGCGCCACGGGGUGAUUGUUCUCUUUGCCUUCAUUUAACUGUUUCCCGCCCCGUUCCCCUUGAGAUUCUAGAGUCAUCGUCGAUGAACGGUUUCGCUUUGCGCCGAUGUGUCUGCCACUGUUCUGACUUAUCUUGUCCUGGCGUUUGGUCCGCAAGGGAAUUGCGGAGGCGACUUUUCCGGCAGAUGCUCGCUCUCCUUCUGCUACCCUAAUUAAUGUCUCUGGGAUGGGUUUCUUUUGCUAUUUACGUUUUACACUUGAUCAUGUACUUAUAGACACAACGUGUCCAAAGCGUAUUUUUUUUUUAAAAAGAAAGUUUCGAUCGGAAGUACAUUUGACAUCGCA